GCCGACGCCUCUGGACGCCGGCGGCGCGCCGCUGCUCUUCUUGCAGCUGCACCAGCGCCACGACGCCGCCUCCGCCUUCCUGAUGAUGGAGGAGUACGGCAAGCCGGAGAGCUGCUCGCCGCCCGUGUACGGCGGCGGCGGGGGCGGGCUGUCCCCGGUGUCGGUGCCGGCGGGCUCGCCGUCGCUGCAGCAGCUGCAGCACCAGCUGUACCACGCGCACGCGCAGGCGCACGGCCACUACGGCGGCGCCGGCGGCGGCGACGAGGCGCAGGUGGCGCAGAUGCUGCCCAGCGUGCUGCCGCCGCCCCAGGACUGGCUGUCGCAGCACCAGCACCAGCACCAGCACCAGUACCACCUGGUGGCCGACGUCGCCAAGAUGGCGCCCCACCACCACCAGCACCAUCAGCACCACCACCACCAGCAGCAGCAGCAGCAGCAGAAGGCGCUCAAGGAGCAGCGCAUCCGCCGGCCCAUGAACGCCUUCAUGGUCUGGGCCAAGGUGGAGCGCAAGAAGCUGGCCGACGAGAACCCCGACCUCCACAACGCGGAUCUCAGCAAGAUGCUCGGUGAGUACCGCUGGCCGCGCAGCGCCGCCAACCAUUACGCAAGUGGAAGUCGACGAGUAAGUACCACCACUGUCCUACAUCAUCUUCUUACUUAUCUGCUGUCUCUUUACCAUUUCGUCGACGAAGCGACGUCGGAGGGGUAA